CGUCACAGGUCGCGAGGGGAUAUAACCGGUAGUGGCUCGCUCUUGACUUGAAAGAAGCAAGAGGAACUUACCGGCAUUCUGCUCCUGUACGGUUUCUGUUUGGGAUUUUUUUUUAAAAGUCCGCGCUCUGCCAGAACACUCGACUUUUUUGAGCAAGACUAACGAGAAGAGACGCCACAAGAUGAAAUACGUGAUAGGAAUUGGCGGCGUGACAAAUGGUGGCAAAACCACCUUAACGGAUAAGUUGGUCAAGACUUUGCCCAACUGCUGCGUGGUGCACCAGGAUGACUUCUUCAAGAAACCCGAUCAGAUAGAAGUCGGGGACGACGGCUUUAAACAAUGGGAUGUGAUCACAGCUUUGGACAUGGAGGCCAUGAGUAACACAGUCAAAGGCUGGAUGGAAAACCCUGUCAAGUUCGCCCGUUCUCACGGUGUCACGUUGUCUUCUUCCCCUGAUGUGGCCAACCUGGACGAGCAGAUCCACAUCCUAAUUGUGGAGGGCUUCCUGCUCUAUAAUGACCCGCAGCUGCUGGACGUGUAUGACAAGUGCUAUUACAUCACCAUUCCCUACGAGGAGUGCAAGAAGAGGAGAAGCAACAGACAAUACACUGUCCCGGACCCCCCCGGCCUGUUUGACGGCCACGUCUGGCCCAUGUACCUCAAGCACCGCAGAGAGAUGGAGGACAGCAGCUUAAGUAUCGAGUACCUGGAUGGAUUGAAAUCCAAAGAAGACAUCUACAACCAUGUCUACGAGGACAUUCAGAACAACCUUCUUAAUCGUUUAUAGCAUGAAGAUGCCACUCCAUCGCUGUACAUAUUAUUAUUAUUGUUUUGUACAUAGUUGUACUCCCUUUUUUAUGGCAGUUUUUAAUUGUUUGGUUUUUCAAUAGUUUUUGUAAAUAGAAUGAAUCAUCUUUAACUUAUCGUUUUUUCUUUUUGUGGCAACAUCACUGUUUUUAUUUCUGCUCCGUUGUGUUGUUUGCGCUGGAGCAUUUAUUAGCCAAUCAGGUUCUUUCUUCUGGCAAUAAAGACAUGGAUUCAUUUUUGUCAUCAACGUCAGGCUUCAACGUUUUAUUCUUCUACAAUUUGGAAAGUCUCUCAUGGAAGUAUUGUUCAACUUCUUUCUCGACUGCAUAAUCGACACAUGAGCAUAAAGUGGAAAAAAAAUAGCCACAAAGUUGCUAAAUAGACUAUACUGGUCCCUCCUGCUACAUCUUCUUCUGUUCAAGAGAAUAAUGCCACAUAUCAUGGGAAUGGUCCAAAUUAUUAGGAAAGUAGAAAUAGUUGGGGUCCAGUUAGCCAUUGUACAAGAAUACUUGAAUACUUAGUGUUGUAAAUGUGUAAUA